AUGAGCCAAUUUCCUACAGAGGUGGCGAGCAAGUUACCGCCGUGGCUUCUUCGCGAUAUGACGGUUAAAUGGAUUAGAGUAAUCGACAACAGCUACAUCGAAUUGCUAGGCCAUCGGGCACCGGUUAUCAGCUUAGCCGUCGAUCCUCAGAAACGCUACAUCGCUACCGCUUCUUGCGACGGUUACGUUCGAAUAUAUUCGUCUUCUACUCAACAGUGUAUUUCGUCCUUGUCGAUUACCGUCAAAGGAAAUGAACUGUCGUGA